AUGAAUUCCCGGAGGCUUCGGAUUCAAGCUGCGCUCCUUCAUUCUCGGUAUAUCUUCACUUUCGUGGAUUUACAUCUAGCUUCAACUGUUGGUAGAGACCAUGUACUGGGCAGACCUUCAACCCAGUUUCGAAAGAUCCAGGUCUUUGCAGUCGUUGCCUUCUGGCUAUUAUACCUUCUAAGGGGAAACAAGAAUGGCCCUCCAGGAGUCCGAGCUCUAUCGUCUUUGCUGCAUCGGCGUAUGACACCAUGGCAGGCCACCGUCAUGACGAUGUUGACACUCUAUGUCUCUCGCAACUUUGCCAAACUAGUCGGCCUCGAGUCCCCAGAGCCGCUUGCAAAUCUAUAUUCUCGCUCUUACUUCCGGGCAACUUGGAUAGUCACUGCGCUUGAUGCUGGGUUUUGGACAGCAAUGAACAUACGUCGGAAAUGGCUAAGGGAUCUGGCAUCCCUGGUCUUCUCCAUAUAUUAUCUUAUUGCUGCUGAACAGGCGGACGAGAAGGUGCGAAAAGUCAGAGCCACUUUGACCGUGGAACAUCUACGUGUCUCGUGGAAUAAGUUGGGUACUCCUUACCUUUCGCUCCUCUCCAAAUUACUUCGGCCUCGUUUCUGCCGGCGUGAUCCAGUUGCUAUCCGGAUACCUCGACCUCGAGAGUCGUCCUACAAGGAUCCGGUCGAUGCAUGGCUUUAUUUUGAUGGGCCCCUUAGCACUCUUCGUGACCAGACAGAUAUCGUUCUUGAUAUCCCUGGAGGCGGGUUCGUUGCCAUGGGUCCACGGGUCAGUGAUGACCGCUUACUUGCUUGGGCUGGCAAGACCGGCGUCCCGAUUCUCAGCCUUGAUUACAAGAAGGCGCCUGAGUACCCGUAUCCAUACGCUCUAAAUGAGUGUUACGAUGUGUACCACACCAUCGUAAUGACUCGGGGGAGGUGUUUAGGACUGAGUGGGAAGACAUGCCCGCGGAUUAUAGUGGCAGGUGAUAGUGCUGGAGGAAGUCUCGCAGCAGGGCUGACUCUCAUGAUUUUGCAAUCCGGUAGUACAGACUCCCGGAAAUGGAGAGGCGAGGAUUCUCUGCCUGUUCCUGCUGGUCUCGUGCUAGUAUAUCCGAAUCUGGACCUGAAUAUGGGAAGCUGGAUGACAGACGAAGAGUUAUCUUUGAUUAGGGAAAGGGGGGUGCGGAAAACCAAUCGAAAUAUCUUGAGGCGCAAGAGCGAGGAUUACUAUAAACUAACGCCGUCAACUCCUCGCCCUUCAGACGAUGACCUCGCGGACGAUACUAGUCAUCGCCAGUCAUCCGCAAAAGAUGGGUUCAAUCAUAUCACCGAUUUCCCGAUGGAUUCUUCAACAGUCAUGACUGGUCAACCUGGAGAAGCAACCAUUGCAUCGCAGACGAGAGAGCUAGCCGAAACAAAGCCGAAGAAACUGCAGACUCGGCUUGCUGUUACCUCCAUGAUAUCUUACUUUAAUGACCGUAUCCUCACCCCGGAGAUGAUGAGGGCUAUGAUAAUUCUAUACAUUGGCCCCUACAACCGUCCGGACUUCAGCACAGAUUUUCUUCUCUCCCCUAUGCUUGCUCCGGAGGCUCUUCUGGCACAAUUUCCAAAGACUUACUUUAUGACAGGGGAACGAGACCCUCUGGUAGAUGAUACAGUGAUUUUCGCAGGACGCCUUAGACAGGCUAAACUCCAUCGGUUUCGCGAACGAAAGGAGUUAGGACUUGAGAAGCCUGGAAAGAGAUUUGAUGAAAAGGAGCAUGUUGAAGUGACCCUGAUACCUGGUAUAUCUCACGGGUUUAUGAGCAUUGUUGGGGUUUUCCCCGAGGGCUGGAAACAUGUAUUCAGGGCCGCCAGAUGGAUAACAGAGAUAUUCAAUGCAACUGGUGCUACUAGCUCUAAUGAGAUGAAGGACUCUAGGGUUUCUCUUGCACCGCAACAAAGAGCCAUAUCCAGUCUCAGCCCUUCACUCCCGACGAUAGACGUCGAGACGGGCAAACAGAGUAAUGGGAGAACGUCACACCGUCACCACGAACGUCAUUUAACAAGCGAAUCAUCUGGUGACGAAGACGGCCCACUGGAAAUCAGCAUGUUGAAAAUGACCAAGAUAUCUCCUUCGCCUUCAUCAUCGCUGCCUAAUCUUCAGCCAAACGGAGCGUCUGCCACUUCACCCCUGAAACAAAAAGCUCCUGCACAAAAGAAAAAUAUACGUCGGCCGAAUGCUGCAAAGUUAUCUCUUUCAUCUAUUACGGCUAAGAAGGAAGAGAGCUUGCGUAGUUCGGACGAUGCAAGCUACAGUGAGAAUGACUUGGUGCGGGUGAAACAGAUGAUAUCCGGAUUGCGACGUGAAGCGAGUUUGACGAGUCUGCCGAGUCAUGAGGACUUACUGAAUAGACGGAUGGAUGGGUUGGCUGGUGGGCUUAUGGGUAUAGGAGAGGGAGCUAAGACUCCGUGA